AUGGCGUCCUUGGCGCUAGAAGAACCAAUAUUCUUGGGCUCCCCAAGGUUCAACAGCCUAGAUGAUGAUCAACUGGAGCUGAGCGAGGAGUAUUCAGAUAUAUACAACUUUGAUAUUCCAGCAUCCUCCAUCGUUAGACCCACUGCGAUGCGAAUUCUCAAUCCCGAUCCGCUGAAAUCUGGUGGAGGACCGAAGAGCAUUCGUCCUGUCUCUCGAAGAGUCAGUGAACAGUUUUAUAAUGAUGCUUAUCGUCAGGGAAUUUCGAUGCGAGACACCAACGAUGCUGCAAUGAUGGCACAAGAGUGGCACCGCAAGUGGACCCACCAGGAAGAGACUCAUCACACCCAUGUGGACAGAGACUUUUAUCAAUUCGAUUCGAGGCUAUCCAGCCACCAUGGAAUAGUUGUGGAUCGAAGUGCUGGAGCUUCCAAUCCCUUUUCCCCUCCAUCUUAUGUUUCUGGCUCAUCCUUUGGAUCUGAGAACUUGAAGCGAAGUCUAGACACACCUGAGGAAUCGCUUUCAGAAGCUGAGUUGGAGGCUCUCUUGCUUCAUCCUGAAGAUCGACUUGAGCCACUAGAGGAAGAGAAGCAGUCCACCAAGCGUAGAAACCUUGGUAAAAGCAAGGAGGUUGAUCGUGAACCCGCUGCACCCGCUGCAAAAUCGUUCAUGUUCCAUCCAACUGAUCUUUCCUUGAACCCACAUGCUGUACCUCCUCAAGAAGUCAAGAUGGAGGGUAGAGGCAAUUCUCCUUCUCCCCCUCCUCAUCAGACUCAAGAUGCAAUGACUCCCAUUGAUCGCGAGGCUGAGGUGCACUAUGUGGAGGAUGAGGACAGUCCGUUCGAGUCUGUUGCUCACGUUUCAAGCCGCCAGGAUGAAGAAGUCCACUUUGUGGAAGAAGGUGUCGAUGAGAUCACUCUCGACGAAAACCCCAUCUACACCUUCCAGAAGAACAUGACCAAGGCUCGUGAUAACCUCUUGCAAACUCUUGAAAAGACCAAGGGCGAUGUCGAGUCUGAAGAAUUCAAGGAUUCUCUCGAUGUCCUCCUUCAGCACCAUUCAAGCACUCUGUCCUCGGCCCUGCUGUCCGGUCAAACUCUGGAUGGCAUGUGGCUACAGCUUUCAAAGCCUACCUACUUUGGUUGCCUUGGUGAGAACGAAGCUGGGGACCCAUUGUAUACCAUGGGUCGCAUGUCCUUUGAUAUGUUCUCCCCAACCAACAUCAUUUGCAGCAUUCAAGGAAAUUUCAAUCCUAUUGAAGCAGUCAGUGAAGCCGAAAGAGCAAUGAUCCUUCAAGCCGUGCCAAAGUCACUACGUGACGAAGUCGAGAACGAUAACUCGACCAUUCGCACCUACCACAUUGUGACUGCUUUCACAAUUGAACCUGGAUACGCUUUGAGAGCAUUCCCCGAGGCUCCCAACAAGGAUGUUGCCCGUCCCAUUAAGGGAAUCAUGACUACCUAUGGUUACAGCCUACCCGAUCCCAAGGUACCAAAUAGACACUCUAUUUGGUUCACGGGCGGAAAGUUGCAGCCAAGCAAUGAUAUCGCUGACAUUAAGGCAUGGAACCAAUUGUUCACCCUCCAUCCACCAAAGCACACCUUUGGUGAACGAGCCAAGCUACUCGCUGUCCAACUCUUGAUGGGAGCUACUGUCCCCACUGUAAUGGACAAGAAUGGUCAAAUGAACUUUGCCUUUACACGACCUAUUGGAGGUCACGGUGUAGCCUAUGUCGAUGUUAUUUACAUGGACGGCACCGUUCGCGUUGUUCGCGGACACCGUGGAACUGUCAUGGCAUUUUCUCGCCUCAACCAAGACGACCUAUAA